AUGAAAAGUAUAGAUACUGUAAGAAUUGAAAAAAAUAACCAGGACCCUGAGGCAGCCUCAAAACGUGCCAGGCUCCAGUUGAACAAUAAACGGUAUAAAAACGUCAAAAAAGCUCAAAGUUCCAUCAUUCAAGAGGAGUGGAGUCCGGCUAGUGGUAGUUCUAGGGGUCCCAACUUAGCAGACCAGAUCCCUGGUCUUAUGCACCAAGGAGGGAUGAUCAAAACGAUCAAACUCGUCCGCCGAGUUAAACGUCCAAUAAAGGUUGAUCCCCAACCUACCCAGUGCCCAAGGAGCACAGGGGGCGGUAUCCAGGGAAACAGAUCAAAGUCAAGCAGGCUUCAGAAAACACGUCCAAAGAACCGUCAAAUGGAUGUCUAUGGCCGGCGGACACCUCUGAUGAACCGAGCCGUAAGACAACUCGAGUCCACUAUCCACUAA